UCAUGGAUCAUUCUUCUCCACUACACGCUGGCCAUCGGCAAAACCAUCCUAUCAUCCGAUCGGCCCGCCACCACGCGUUAAGACAGCUCGUGUCGCGUCCAGAAAUUCAAUUAGGCCCGAUUGACACCAGCCAUGCAAAUACCAACACCGUCGCAACUCCAAUUCCCGUUAAGCCGGUAACAAAUGUGAUCACCGCCGGAGAAACUCAUACAACCCCUUCCCCAGCGGCACCCGCACCCUUACCCGUCACCCCACCAACCAACACUGUAUCUGUAUCGCCCCAUCUCGUAACACCCACGCCCGUGGUUCGAAUUGCGAAUGUACCGCAGGCCACUGCGACUUCAGCAAUCCCUUCCAAGACCAGCCUUCCCCUUUCACCCUGUUCUGCAGGAGUACCGUGCGCAUCCAUGAUCGCAAAAUCUGCGGCUGUGGUUUCACCGGUGCCUCAGCAGACUCAAGGUACACCACAAUUCUUUGCAAGUAUGAGCUCCAGUCCCGGCGCGAUCUUCGUCACAUGUUUGGUUGGCAUUGCUAUUGUUGGGGUAAUGCUUUCGAUUCUAAGUUGCGCACUGAGAAGCUGGUGUAACAGACGACGCAGGAGCAAUAUCGAUGAAGAUGCUUGGCGGUUCCUGGAGAACUCCAAGGACUUCUCCGAUCCUACACACGAAGAGGAAGAUGCUCACUCGGCCAAAAAAUCGUACUUUGGAACCGACUCCCAGUCCAGUCUGGCCCAUCUACAGCCCACGCUCGCAAAGAACUACGUUGCCUCGCAUCCGUUCACAUCCCACAUACAACAACAAACUCAGCAGGCAACGGCCCAAUAUCAUUAUACAGGCUUUCCAGCACAGUCGGCUUCGGCUGUAAAUGGCUUUAUCGACGAACAGCCUAUGAGUGGUUAUAUAGACGAAAAGGGCGUGUGCUGGGUUGCUCCUCCUGCUCCUGUCUCAUCUCAAUGUAAUGGGAUUUUGAUGACACCAUGUGGGCCUCCUCAGGAGCGAAUGGAAAGCUAUCAGGGAGGGUGCACUAUACCCGAAUUAGUUUUUCGGAAAACUUCACUUGGUGGAAAUUUUUGCAAUCGGGCAACCAUGUACGCGUCUCCGACCCAAGCGCCCGUUCCGAUGCUCACACGCCCGGCCUCGGUCAUCACCCGCACCAGUACCAUAAGCUCCAACCAACACAACAGACUUCAUUCAUUGACACGUGAGGCCAGCCUCGCGUGCUCUGUGCAAUCCACGACCGUUGAAGAGCUUCGGGAGCGAGUUACGGAGCAGCGAACCGAUCUACGUGCCACCCUCAGAGGUGCUAUCCAAAAGGACAAGAAGGCUGAUAACGAUUUAUUAGAAUCAUUGAUACUUUUAUGGCACGAUAAGAACACAGAAGCCCAGAAAGAACCAAUUCGCCUUCAAACUCCGCAGCUCCCUCCGAAAGACCACGUCUAG